GUGGAGAACAGACCCAAAUAUUAUGGAAGAGAAUUCCAUGGGAUGAUCUCAAGAGAGGAAGCUGACCAAUUAUUAAGUGUUGCGGAGGGAAGCUAUCUCAUUCGUGAAAGCCAACGGCAACCUGGAACGUACACUUUGGCAUUAAGAUUUGGAAGUCAAACCAGAAACUUCAGACUCUACUACGAUGGAAAGCACUUUGUUGGGGAGAAACGUUUUGAGUCCAUCCAUGACCUGGUGACAGAUGGAUUGAUUACUCUUUAUAUUGAAACGAAGGCAGCUGAAUACAUUGCCAAGAUGACAAUAAAUCCAAUUUAUGAACACAUAGGAUAUACAACUUUAAACAGAGAGCCAGCACACAAAAAACAUAUGCCAACCCUGAGGGAUGAACAUGAUGGCAAAGAGUCUACAGGAGAGGAUGAGGUAGCAGAAAAGAGGCUUGUUUUCCCGAGGAAAGAACGGGACUGUGGUAACGAGCUGCUGCAAAGCAAGGAGAGAAUUGCCGAGGCUGAUACCUCAGCUUGA